GUCUGGGAUGCAGUCGAGAGGAAGAGGAGUGGGCGAAUUGAGAGUUUAGUGUGCCAAGGAGCAUGCCAGUCCAUCCAAUCGAGAAUCCACUUAUCAGGUGCUUGACUUUCCAAAAGGAGAGAGAGGAAACUUUCCCAGGCUUCCAACAGACAGAGUGGGAGGAGAUGGAGAGGAAAAGUGGCUCUUGAACACUUCCCAGAGACUCCAUGUCUGUGAAGAGAAACACACACACACACACACACGCACACAAAAAAAUUCUUUUGGAGUCACCUGCCAGCAUCCAAACUCAAAGCUCUUUCCCUGCCUCUUUUCCCUUUUGCGCCUCUCCCUCCCUCGCCACAUUUCUUACAGGCUGAGGCAUCAAUGGACCCUCUGGCUCCGCCGCUCUCGUCAGCGACUUGGAAAGCUGGGAGAACUUGGUGAACUCCGCCGAAGAAAAGUAUUGGAUGGGACGCGACGUGGCGGAGGACAGCAGCAGCAGGCUCCUCGGGAGUCACCGCCAGGACCCCUAACUGGAGAGUACCCACCCCCGGCACCCCUAAAUAUACCCUCCCCACUUGGGUGGUGUCAUGACGGGUCAGCGCCCCAGCCUCCUGUUCCCCCUGGCUCUGCUGGGACUCCUGGCCGGGCUGGCCCACCUCAGCCAGGGCCAUGACGAGGACUACUACAUGCAGGAGCUGCUGACGAGGGAGCAAUACGCCCGGGUCCAGAUGUCCGAGAGGCCUGAUUGGCGUGAGCUGCCCAGGCUAAACAGCAAGAAAGCGGCCAAAGGGAAGGGCGACGGCGGCAGGCAGGAAGACAAAUCGUCCAACAAAAAAGCAGAGAACAACAAGAAGGGCAACCAGAAAAGCCCGAACGGAAGCUCCGAAGGAGACGGACAGCCGACGCGAUUCAAAGGUGAGUGCCCUCCCAUGGGAUUAGAGACGCUGAAGAUCGAUGACUUCCAGCUCCACGCGUCCACGACCAAACGCUACGGCCUCGGUGCGCACAGAGGUCGUCUCAACAUUCAGGCCGGCCUCUACGAGGACGACCUCUACGACGGGGCCUGGUGCGCCGGCAGGGACGACCCGCUGCAGUGGCUGGAGGUGGACGCCAGGAGGCUGACCAAGUUCACGGGGGUCAUCACACAAGGCCGCAGCUCCCUCUGGUCGAGCGACUGGGUGACCUCCUACAAGGUUAUGGUGAGCAACGACAGUCACGCGUGGGUUACGGUGAAGAACGGCUCCGAGGACAUGAUCUUCAGAGGAAACAGGGAAAAGGAGAUCCCAGUGCGCAACAUUUUUCCCACUCCUUUGGUGGCUCGCUACAUCCGAAUCAACCCUCAGUCGUGGUUCAACAGCGGCAGUAUCUGCAUGAGGGCGGAGAUCCUCGGAUGCCCCUUGCCAGACCCGAAUAAUUAUUACCACCGACGCAAUGAGGUCAUAACGACCGAUGAGUUGGACUUCACUCUUCACAGUUACAAGGAAAUGAGGCAGCUGAUGAAGGUGGUCAACGAAAUGUGCCCCAACAUCACUCGCAUCUACAACAUCGGCAAAAGCAACGGCGGCCUCAAACUGUACGCCAUCGAGAUUUCCGACAACCCGGGGGAGCACGAAGUGGGUGAGCCGGAGUUCCGCUACACGGCCGGUUCCCACGGCAACGAGGUGCUGGGUCGCGAGCUCCUCCUCCUGCUGAUGCAGUUCAUGUGUUUGGAGUAUCUGUCGGGCAACCGGCGGGUCCGACACCUGGUGGACGAGACCCGCAUCCACCUGCUGCCGUCCGUCAACCCCGAUGGGUACGAGAAAGCCUUUGAAGUGGGUUCCGAGCUCAGCGGUUGGUCUCUGGGCCGAUGGAGCAACGACGGCAUCGACAUCCACCACAACUUCCCCGACCUCAACUCCAUAUUGUGGGAAGCCGAGGCCAAAAAGUGGAUCCCGCGCCGGAUGGCCAACCACUUCGUGUCCAUUCCCGAGUGGUACCAGUCCAAAAACGCCUCGGUUGCCGUAGAGACACGCGCUCUAAUCACCUGGAUGGAAAAGAUCCCCUUUGUGCUGGGCGGCAACCUCCAGGGGGGCGAGCUGGUGGUGACCUUCCCCUACGACAAGACCCGCUCGCAGGGCGUGACCAGGGAGCAGACGCCCACGCCGGACGACCACGUGUUCCGCUGGCUGUCCUUCGCCUACGCCUCCACCCACCGCCUCAUGACGGCCGCCAACCGGAGGGUGUGCCACAGGGAGGACUUCGCCAAGGAGGACGGGACCAUCAACGGGGCGUCCUGGCAUACAGCUGCAGGCAGCAUGAACGACUUCAGCUAUUUGCACACCAACUGCUUUGAGCUCUCGAUGUACGUGGGCUGUGACAAAUUCCCUCACGAGAGCGAGUUGCCAGAGGAGUGGGAGAACAAUCGCGAGUCUCUUCUCGUCUUCAUGGAGCAGGUGCAUCGUGGGAUCAAAGGCGUGGUGAGGGACCUCCAAGGCAACGGACUAGCCAACGCCACCAUCGCCGUGGAGGGCAUCAGCCACGACAUCCGCACAGCCGCUGACGGGGACUACUGGCGCCUGCUGAACCCGGGCGAGUACCGAGUGACGGCGAGGGCCGAGGGCUACAGCAUGGUGAGCAAGAGGUGCGAGGUGGGCUACGAGAUGGGCGCCACCCGCUGCGACUUCACGCUGGGCCGCACCAACCUGUCUCGCAUCCGGGAGAUCAUGGAGCGAUUCAACAAGCAAGGCGGCGGCAAAGCGCCAGCCAGGCCGCCGCAAGCUCGGCGGUCCGGAGAGAGACGACCGGGGACUUAAUGGUGGCCGGAAAGUGGGGAACAACUCUAAGGACUGAAACCAGAACCUAUUCAUGAUUGUGGGGACUUCCGUGAUGGAGAACAAUGUAUUAUUGUUGAAAAACAUCUCAAACAUUUUCUACACUUACAAAGCAGAUCUAUAUAGUACAGUGAACCCCGGUUUAUGUGGGGAUACAUUCCAGACCCACCCCUCAAUAGUUUUUUUUUUUUUUAAACAGUUUUAAAAAUUACUUUUAUCCCUCCAACAGGCUUUUACCACAAAAAUGAUUAAAACACAAUUUUUAUCAUAUUCGUGGUGUCUGUUCUCAGUCUUGCACAGUUCUCCAAAUGAGAGUUAAGCGUCCUCGCAUCAAGCUAAUUGUCACUCCCAAUUGAAUUUACUCUAAAACACACACACAAAACAAAAGAGAACUAAACGCAUAUUUAAACUUCAAAAUGUUCAACCAAACAUAAUUUUGUAUAACGAACUUUUGUUAGCUGAAUGCUAACAUGCAAUAGGAAACGCCAUACACGGGCUAACGAGAAUUAGCAUAGAUGUCACAAUAAUUAUAAACCCUCCUACAACUGCUUCUUUAACACAAAUGGAGCAGCAACACAUACAGAUGGAGCUUACAAUACUCAGAGGCAUAUAUUCUCUGUGCUUUGUGGGGACACUAUUACUUCAACUAAGUUGGGGACCUUCUCUGCCUUUCCUCCUUCCUCUUAAUUCUGCGGCAUCUCUUCCAGGAGAGUGCAGUGCCCGGCGUGUUGCGACACAACACGGUGCUCCAACUGAAGGCGAGUACAGAGUACCACAAAAAUUGCUUGAAAACCCCACGAUAUAGCGAGGGCACGAACGACGAACCGCGAUAUAUAUAUAACAAGGGAACACCGUAUAUGACAUACUCAUCAUAAUUCAACAUCAUUUUAAAAAAAAUGUAAAUAAUAAAAGACAAACAGACUCUGCCUGAGCAUCUAAUCUCAUGUAUGUACAUAGAGGACCUGUUAAAUUAUGUAAACCACUACA